GAAUUAUAGAAAUGGACCUCCUGGGAAAGUUGGCGCAAGGUGGGUGCGCCGCCGACGGCACUGUGGCCGCACGGAAUCCAUUGUCCCAGGCUCUAGAUGGUGUGCUUCGUGCGGGACCUAUGGGAAGAGCACAGCAGCACCAUCCGUCUGAGGCCCCUCCUGGCCAGUAUACGCAGAUGGACAUUCACCAAGCCAUGGCAGACGCCGCCCUACACCACAUGCGUGAUCAACCACCACCGUUCCAUCACCACGACCCCCGUACUGCCACGCACGCUCCACCGCAAGUGGACAUGAAUCACGUGUGGCUGCAAGAGAAGAUACAGCGAGACGCGGCGCACCGCCAGAUGGACAAUGCGUUUCAGCAUUCGAGUGCAGCUUCUACUUCCGCGCCCAUGAUGCAACAGUCCCAGGACCAUCGCGUAGAGUUCGCGCCACAGCAGCAGUAUAUGCAUCAUCAUCACGGCCCUCCGUCGUCGUACAUACAGCAGCAGCAGCAGGGUCUGCACCAUCCGCCGCAGAUGAUGCCACCACCGCCGCCUACGUUCAUGCAAACCCAGCAACUUGCUCUAGAACACCAGCAGCAUGUAGCGCACGUUGAAACAGUGGCCAAAAACGACCCAUCCAACACUCAGCGCCUCUCGCGUGACGUGGCCAGCACGAUGCGUCAACACGGCGAUGCUCGGUUCCACAAAAGCGAAUUCGUUCAGUUUAUGGAUGCGCUGGGCUCUGGUCGCGCCGAGUUGGACGACGCCGGCAACACAGUCGUGCACCACGACAGUCCUACUUCGGAACUGUUGGCGGAUGCGCUAGACAAGGACUUGACAACGUUGGGAGGGGAGGACGAUGCACAUGAUGGCGGCGGGUUGGAUGUGAAUGCAUUGGAACAAAUUUGGGCCAAGGCCAUGCAGGAAGGCCAGAUGUUGGAUCCGUUUCAAGAGAAUGGCUGGUCCAGUACAGACCACGACGCAGCCCACGUGGCGUACGAGUUUUCAGAUACUGUGAAUCCGUACACGUCGGAUGCAAAUGCGUUCGAAGUGGGCUGCGAACAGUUCCGCCAAGGCAAUUUGAAAGAGGCAAUUUUAGCGUUCGAAGCGUCGCUGCAGGAAGCGCCCGAUCACAGCGACGCGUGGCGGAUGCUCGGGGAAUGUCAUGCCGAAAACGACCAGGACAAGCAAGCGAUUUCGUGUUUGAAUCGGGCCGUGGAGGAAGAUCCGUACAAUUUGGACGCGUUGCUGGCAUUGGGCGUGAGCAACGUGAACGAAUUAAAAUCGCAUGGCGCACUCACGACGCUCCAGUUGUGGGUACAGCACAACCCCAAAUUCCACGGACUCCAAGUGCAGCUGGACGACGCAUAUGGCGACGGCAGUCUCAUGGACGAAGUGAUGCAGCUGAUGCUCCAAGCACAAGCGUUUGACCCACAGGACAGCGACGUGCAGGUUGUGUUGGGCGUCUUGUACAACGUAUCCAAGGACUACGACGCGGCCGCCCGGAGCUUUCGGGCAGCUGCGAGUGCCCGCCCCGAGGAAUAUUCCCUGUGGAACAAAUUGGGGGCGACACUGGCCAAUUCGUCCCGGUCGAACGAGGCGAUCCCGUCGUAUCAUCGUGCGUUGGAGAUCAAGCCAAAAUACGCCCGCGGGUGGCUGAAUCUGGGCAUUUCCCACGCGAAUUUGGGGCAAUACGAGGAUGCUGCCCACUGCUACUUACAAGCGCUGCAGCAAAAUGACCAGGCCGACCACAUUUGGAGUUAUUUACGUAUUGCAUUCACGUGCAUGGAGCGAUUUGACUUGGUUAAACUCACCGACACCAAGGACGUCGAAGCCUUUCGUAGCGAGUUCCAACUGGUUGCGUUGUAAUAACAGUGUUGAUAUUGUCCAUAAUAUUUGGACUUUUGUGCAGAAUCGCCAAAUCCAUCGAUCGAUUCU